AUGUCAACAUCUUGUUUAAUACCAUUACUCGUUAUCAUCCCUGCCGCACCAUUUCUUGUUUACAUUAUAGGCUUACUACUGCCUGCAAGUCAUAUCGUAUCAAGGACACGCACAUUCUCAAUUACGCCCACACGUCUUUGGUCUAUCUUGUGUGAUGUUGAGAGAUAUCCACAAUGGCGUCGACGUUUGGUCCAAGUCCAGAUAAAAGAAACAAAACAGCAAACGCAAGAAACCUACAAGGAUGAUACUCAACAGCUUGAGGAUGGCGCCAACACCACCAACACGACGGUGCAGCAACCUCGGCUCGUCUUUGAGGAGUAUACACCACGACGUAAGAUUGUGGUAGUGCAUGUGGAGCAGGUCCCACAUUAUAAGCUGCUUCGCAUACUCAAGGAGAUACCUACCUUUUCUGGCUCAUGGACAUUUGAACUCGAAGAAACGGCUGCCAACGUAACACAGCUCAGGAUUACACAGCAAGGCGUUAUCCGUAAACCGAUGCUUAGAGUCAUCCAUAUGCUGAUACUUGGAUUCCAUCGCCGUAUUGACGUAUUCCUCAACGAUCUUGAAAACUAUAUCGCACACCAUACGACACCAUCCGAAUGGGGUACUACAGCCAACGGCCAUGUAAAACCCUCUCAAAGUGAGUGUCACACCACCUUCUUUUAUUAG